AUGGUACUGGAGAAGGGGUGGUGGUUGAGGAACGUGGGGCUGAAACUACCCACAAUGUUUUUAUUUAACCUUAUCGCUACGAUAGUUCUUUGGAUGAUAGGAGAGGCAAAUUUGGCGUAUCUUACUAUUGCUUUUGACAUCUCCGAUACAAACGGUGGUGCUGACGAAGAGAAAUCACAAAAGUUAUCUUAUCGAAGUGUAAUCGACGGAUCACGACCAGCUCAGCGAACUGCAGUAGCUAAUGGAUUGAUUUUCGAUUUUAUCACAGUUUGUAAUAGACCCUACUAUGGAUUGAUGUGUGCGCAGUACUGUGCUUAUGCUGCAGGUGAUCAUCAUAUUUGCGAUUCAAGUGGUAAAAAAGUGUGUCUACCCGGUUGGACUGGAAAGGAUUGCACAAUAGCAACUGGAGAUGUCUCAACUACCCGUAUCGACGACAUUACAACGCCUUCACCAACAAAGUCAUCGUCGUCGAAGAGCACUGCUGCACGUGAAACAAGACGACAGUGCAGAUUCUUCACUGUACGCAGCGCUCCUGUUGAUGACAUCAUUCACGACUAUUGGAUUUCUGGUCAGAAAACUCAUGCGAUCAUCAUGGAUGCAGAACUUGCUCAAUAG